GCCCCGGAGUUCCAGCUGUGCUGCUCCUCAGUCUCGAUGACGUGGACUCGUAUUUCAUCCUGGAGAACAACCUCCCUCUGUGGACCGCGCUGCAGACCAAGAGGACGGUUCAGACCGACACGCGCGUCAUCACCCACGACCACUACGAGCUGCCGCUGAAGCUCACCUAUCCUCCCGACUUCUCCGAGUCCUUCCUCUACGGCCUCCUCCUCGUCGUCGGCAGUUCUCCCGGGGAUCAGACGGUGACGCAGGAGUUCGGGCUGGACUGGGACUCGGUGCUGGUGGGAUCUGAGCAGAUCAUCGUGGCUCGACUGGACGGCAGAGGUUCUGGGUUCAGAGGUCAAAGGGUCUUACAGCAGGUCCACCUGAGCCUCGGCUCCGUCGACGCUGACGACCAGAUUGCUGCUCUCGAAUACCUGGUGAAGCUGCCGUUCAUCGAUCGCACUCGCGUCGGAGUCUUCGGAGAGGACUACGGCGGCUUCCUCGCGCUGACGAUGCUGAAGUCGACGGAGCGGCUGGUCAGAUGUGCCGCAGCUCAGACUCCCGUCAUCGACUGGUCCAUGUACGCCUCGGCCUUUUCUGAGCGAUACCUGGGCUCGCCCUCCACCGAGGAGAACAAAUACCAAGCUUCCAGAGUCCUGACCAACAUGAAGGGUCUGCAGGGAGGAACUCUGUUUCUGGCUCACGGGACUGCUGACGCCAACGUUCACUUCCAGCACUCGGCGGAGCUCAUCAAACACUUAAUAAAGAUCGGAGCCAACUACACGAUGCAGAUUUACCCAGACGAGGGACACUUCCUGUCACAACGCAGCCGCAUUCAGCUGACUCACUCCCUGAUCGGUUAUUUCAGAGGCUGUCUGCUCGACGCGUCAUCGCUACUCGACCAGCAGCGGGACGACGAGUGAGAGGGACUGCGCUCGACAACCGUGUGUCUCGGUUUGUGUGUCAACGAGCGCUUGUGCCCCUGGUAGACUCAAGUGUGUGUGUGUGUGUGUGUGUGUGUGUGUUUUUAUACCUGUAGCACAGUAUUCAACAAAACAAGCUUCUCAACAUAUCAGACUAGUUUCCAUCGCUCGUCACCUCAGUAAAAUAAAGUUCCCAGCGUCCUCUCUGCCCUGCAGUGUCAUGAUGCCGUGCAGACCUGGAGGGGGCGCUAGGUAGCAAACCUCAGAGAAGUUAUCGCUCUCUGAUGGAACCGAGAGAAUAUUUAAUUCUAAAUGUAUUUAAAUAAGUAAACGAGUGACGGUAGCUUGUUAAUGGUCGGAUAACGUGUGUAACGUCGGACCCACCAGGGGUCUCCCUAUCGAAACAAUGACACGAGACUGAAGCUUGAUGAUGUUGUGAGGCAGUGUGGCAUCAUGGGAAACAAGUGCACAUUCAAUUUAAAAGUUUUAUUCGAUAAACCCAGUAAAAUAGAAAACAUCUGAUCGUAGUUAGAACAUUUUCAGCCAAGUGUGUGUGUGUGUGUGUGUG